AUGGAUACAUUAGGAGGUAAUCAACAACAUACAGUAGAAGAAGACAAGGAGAACACAGAGGAGGUGGUGGUGCUUGAAGAGGAAGACAUCUCUGAAGGUUUGCACGCAUGCCUAAAGAAUUUGAAUGGGAGAAUAUUUGCUGAUCGCACCUUUUCAACAGGCACAAUGGAAGGGGCUAUGACUGCAAUAUGGAAUAGACCGGAAGGAUUGAGAGUCGUAGACAAAGGCAAGAAUCAAUUUCAGUUCUUUUUUUAUAAGGAUACAGACGUUGCACGAGUUGAACGAGGUUUCCCUUGGCUAUUUAAGAACUUUAUCCUCCAUGUUGUGAGAUGGAAGGAAGAUCCGAUGGAAGGCAAAAAUGCUAUAUCUACUUUUCCAAUUUGGGUCCAAAUAUGGGGCUUGCCAGAACAGUUUAAAACAAUUGAAGUUGGACGUAAACUUGGUAUGAAGAUUGGAAGCAUUGGUGAUGUUGGAUUAUAUGAGGUGCGAGGGAAAGAAACUCGAAUCAUUAAAGCGAAUGUGGAGAUAGAAGGGGAUAGGAGGUUGAGGGAUUCGAUGAAGAUCACUGGACCAAAUCAAAAAUUGAUCGAAGUAGGGCUUCGAUAUGAAAGGCUAGGAACAUUUUGCACCUACUGCGCGCUUCUAGGACAUGAUUCCAAACAUUGUCAACAGCUGGUGGAUGACUCUGCGAGUGACGGUAUUAGAGAAAAAGCUAUUGGAGAAUGGGUGAAGGCAGAUCAAGUAGGAAGGAGAAUUGAGAGUAAAUCGAAUUCAAACUCGUCUUAUGCCAGGGCUCCUGGUUCUUCCACCCCUAAACCAAGGAAGAAACCAGCUCCCUCUUGGCUACUGGAGAAUUUUGCUGAUUUUAAAUAUAAAAGGGGAUAA